AUGAGGAGACUUUAUCUGGAUAGAAAAAGAUCAAGGGGCCUUUCACUUGUGGAACCCGUCCAUAUUGCACAAAGCUUUACAUCUGUUACAAUGCCUGAAAAUAGUAAAUCAAUGGCCGCUAGCGUUUCUAAAGAGAGGCGAAAGAUAAGGAAAACCUAUUUGGAUAGCAAGAGAUCGAAGGAGACUUUUUUCACAAAGUUUUCAUUUCAACAGAGUAUUUUACAACCAACAACACAUUCUAGAAAUGGUUCGAAUUGCAAAGUAAAUAUCACGAAUCAUGCACCUUCACCUGUUAUUUGUACUAAUGAAACCUUUCCAAGUCCAUUGGCUGACAUAAGAAAAGUUUCAAAUACAGACAUGGCCAUUGGUAGCGGAAACAUUCAAUCAUCAAUUAGCUCAAGACAUGUUUCUAAAUGCAAAGAAAAUAACAUAAAAGAUACAUCUUAUUCAUGUCUUGAAACACAUUCACAAGUUGUUGCCACUAAUGCAGUGAGACGCCUAAUUACAACAAAAACAAUACUCGACCGUCAUCAAAUACAAGAAGAAUGUCUACCUGAUCUACUUCGAUCACCAUCAACCGUACAUGUUUGUCAUCUCAUCAAACUCCUAAUGAUUACCUUGAUCACGGUGACUAGAAUGUUAUAUGUAAGAUAUGUCAUGCAAUAUUAUGGAAAGAUGAGGCUGCUAGAGGGAAAUCAAAAGAUCGUGUUAACACAAGUUAUUCAUGAUACUAACAAAGCUUCUUCAUCAACCACCGAUCAAGUUGACCUUCAAAUUAUUGAAUAUCUAAAGAAAAUGUUAGAUUCAGAGAAUAUUUUGGUGAAAAAUUACCGUAUGGUAAGAGAUUCUUUCAAAGAAAAUCCUCAUUUGAAUUUAAGGUUACGUCUCAAUGGAAAGAGAGAAAAAGAUGGGAGGACAUACAAUUUACCAACCGCUUCAGAAGUAGCUGCUUUAAUUGUUGGUGAUAUUGGUCAUUCAAUUGAAAACCGAGAUAUUGUUGUAGAAACCAAAGAAGGUAAUCUAAAACAUAUUAGUGAGCUAUAUCCUUCUUAUCUUGCUCUUCAAUAUCCUUUGUUGUUUCCUUAUGGUGAAGAUUGUUAUAGAGUUGACAUCCCUAUUAAGGGUCUUAUUGCUUCCACAACAAAUAAACGAAAAACUUGUAGCAUGCGCGAGUUCUUUGCUUACAGGAUCCAAGAUAGGGUUAGUGUUUUCUCACUAAUCCAUAAUUCUAGACGGCUUUUUCAACAAUUCUUAGUGGAUGCCUACACCAUGAUUGAAGCUGAAAGACUAAAUUACAUACGUUUUCAACAAAAGUCUCUAAGAUCUGAAACUUAUGAGAAUUUAAAAAAACUGCGUAACCAUGGUAAUACAGACCUAUCUAAGACAGGAAAAAAGUACAUCUUAUCUUCUUCAUUUACUGGUGGUUCCCGUUACAUGAUGCAAAAUUAUUUGGAUGCAAUGUCUAUCUGUAAUUGGUUUGGAUAUCCAGAUAUUUUUAUAACAGUCACAUGUAAUUCUAAGUGGCCUGAGGUGAAGAGGUUUCUUAAAGACAAAACCAUCAAUCCUGAAGACAGACCUGAUAUCCUUGACCAAUUGUUUAAAGUAAAAUUAGAUUCGUUGAUUAAAGACUUAAAGGACAAGUCACUACUUGGCAAAGUUUCAGCAGUUGUUUAUACGGUGGAGUUUCAGAAGCGUGGAUUGCCUCAUGCGCAUAUAUGUUUGUUUAUGGAUCCUGCUCACAAGUUUCCAAAAGUUGAACACAUUGAUCCACUAAUUUCUGCUAAAAUUCCAGACAAAAAUGAAGACAUGGAAUUGUACACACUUGUCGGUGAAUAUAUGAUACAUGGACGAUGUGGUAGCCAUAACAUCAACUGUGUUAAAAAAAAAUUGCAAAACAAUUCCGUGAUCACACGUCUAUUGAUUCAAGUGGAUUUCCUAUAUAACGAAGACGAGAUAAUGGAGCUUUUGUCGAAAAGUGUGGUCGGAUCUAUUAAAUAUCUAUUCAAAUAUAUCAACAAAGGUCCUGAUAAGGUUACAGUUGCUGUUGAUGGUGGUAACGGAGAAGAUGACGAUGAUCCACCGGUUGAUGAGAUUAAAAAAUAUUAUGAUUGUAGAUAUGUGUCUGCGUGUGAGGCUUCAUGGCGUAUAUUUCGAUAUGAUAUUCAUUACAGUUACCCAACUGUUAUUCGACUACCUUUCCAUCUUCCAAACCAACAAAAUGUUGUAUAUGGUGCGGAUGAUUAUACCGAAAAUGUUCUUAACAAUCCAUUAGUGGCUUCUUCAAUGUUUUUGUCUUGGAUGGAGUGCAACAAACAUAACGAGCUUGCACGAACACUUACAUAUGUUGAAUUUCCGACUAAGUUUGUUUGGAAAUCAAACGAACGAUGUUGGCAACCUAGGCAGACUGGAAAAUCAAUUGGUCGCAUUCAUCAUGUUUGUCCAGCUCUUGGCGAGGCUUAUUUUUUAAGGAUUCUCUUAAAUAAGGUUAAAGGUCCAAAAUGCUUUGAUGACAUUCUUGCGGUAAAUGGACGUAAAUUUAAGACAUUUAGAGAGGCGUGUUAUGCUAGAGGAUUGUUAGAUGAUGACAAAGAGUAUAUUGAAGCUAUUCAAGAAGCAAGUAUUACAGAUGUACACUUUGAUGAUGAAGAGAUAAAAAACUUUACUUUAUGUGAGAUUGAGAAAAUUUUAAAUCAUAAUAAUUCCACCUUAAGAAAUUGGAGUACAAUGCCUUAUCCUGACUUUGACUCUACCGAUUAUUUGGAUAAUCGAUUAAUUCUUGAGAAGUUGGAUUAUGAUAAGAACAAACAGAAGAAGGAGUUUGACACCCUUUUUUCUUCGUUAACUGAUGAGCAAAGCAAUUGUCAACAACCUUUUGGAGGUAAAACGAUUGUGUUUGGUAGAGAUUUCCGACAAAUUCUUUCGGUAAUUCCAAGUGGUAGUAGACAAGAUAUUGUUAAUGCUUCUUUAAGUUCUGCUUAUAUUUGGAAUAAUUGUAAAGUACUUAGGUUGACCAAAAACAUGCGGUUAACUGUUGGAGGUGAAGGGAACAUAGGUGGCUCCAACGAUGGUGAGGCAAUUAUAGAAAUAUCUGAUGAUCUUAUUAUGGAUUCAAAUAAUCAUGUUUCUGAUCUUAUCGACUUCGUUUAUCCUUCAAUUAUUCAAAAUUUCAGUGUUGCAACAUUUUUCCAAGAAAGAGCUAUUCUUGCACCAACUAUGAAUGAAGUUGUAGACGAAAUUAAUGAUCGAUUGCUAUCUUUAGUUCCCGGAGACGAAAAGGAAUACCUGAGUUUCGACAGUAUUUGCGAGUCUGAGAAUCGACAGGAGGGUUUUGAUCAAAGCUUAUAUUCCCCGGAUGUACUAAACGGACUUAAAAUUUCAGGUUUGCCACAUCACCGAUUAGUACUAAAAGUGGGAGUUCCUGUCAUGUUAUUACGAAACAUUGAUCAAAGAAAUGGAUUAUGUAACGGGACUCGACUAAAAGUCUUAAUGCUAGGAUCGCGUGUUAUAGAAGCUGAAGUAAUAUCUGGAAGUAAUAUAGGCAAGCGUACUUUCAUUCCUAGAAUUGCUUUAACACCAUCAGACAAAAAGAUUCCAUUUAAGCUUAAAAGAAGACAAUUUCCUAUUGUUGUAUGCUUCGCCAUGACGAUAAAUAAAAGUCAAGGUCAAUCGUUAUCCAAAGUAGGCCUUUUUCUUAGACAACCAGUCUUUUCUCAUUGUCAGCUUUACGUCACUUUGUCUAGAGUUAAAAGCAGAGAUGGACUCAAACUCGUAAUUGUUGAUAAAGAUGGUAAACUAACGAAUACAACACUGAAUGUUGUAUAUAAAGAAGUUUUUAGAGAUUUGUAA